AAUGGAGCCGCCCAAAGCUGUUGUUUCAGAAACACCAGAAAUGAAACUAUAUGAUGCUGCAACAAGGGGAGAUGUAGCAACAUUCCAAAUACUUGCGCGACAAAAUCCAUUUAUUGUUGAUCAAGUUUCAUUCGCACGUUCAAGAAAUCUCCUGCAUAUAGCAACAAUGGCCGGACAUGUGGGCAUCGUGGAAGAGUUGUUGAGGAUAAACUCAGAGCUAGCUCGAGAUGUCGACUCCAAAAAGUCGUCAUCUCUUCACAUUGCAGCUGAACAAGGGCACGUUGAGAUUGUCGAUAAAUUGUUUCCUAUAGCCCCUGAGAUGUGUUGGUGGCUCGAUGAUCAAGGCAUGAACCCGGUUCAUAUUGCUGCCAUGAAAGGGCAUGUUGAGAUCUUGAAGGUUCUGCUUGAAAAUGACUCGUCUCCUGCUAUGGAGAGACUUCAUCGAGGCCAGACUGUGUUGCAUUUGUGCGUGAAACAUCGUCAGCUUGAGCCAUUGAAGUUUUUGGCAGAGAAAUUGGGCAUUCUUGUGGCUGUGAAGGACGAUGACGGGGAGAAGGCCAUUGAUUUGGCUUAUAGGUGCAAAGCAAAAGAGAUGAUAGAAUAUCUGACGGAGAAGGAUACAACAGAAACGCCUAUCUACCUCAUAAAUAUGACCGGCAUGACAAUGGUGGUGGUGGUCCUGAUAGCUGCAAUGGCGUUUCAGGCGGCCGUCAGCCCCCCGGGCGGAGUGUGGCAGGAAGACACGACAUCACACAGAGCCGGUAAAGCGGUGAUGGCAUAUGCUCAUCCCAAAUUAUACAAAUUAUUCUCUCGUGCUAACACCACCGCUUUCGUUUCGUCUUUCCUAAUAUUACUCGUCGCCCCCCUAGCGGCAACUAAUUCAUUUCUUGCCGUGGUAACCACCCGGGCUGCAACCGUGGUGUCGAUGGCGUCUAUUGGAGUGAGUUAUGGAGCUUCCUUAAUCAUGACGAAUCCUAUUGAAACACAAACACCUGGCAAAGUUGUUGCUAUUGUAGUCUUUGGAUUUUUGGGCGUCUAUGCAUUCAUAAACGUCCACAUGUGGUUGCCGUGGUUUUACUUUACGUGGAAGAGAGUGAAACAUGAACAUGAAGAUCUUACGGUAGCUCAUCGAAUCCGACGCUAUUGUUAUCAAUUACUAAGAGAGUUGAAAAGGAUAGUAUUGAAUUUCGAAAGAGAUGUAAACACAGUUAGAAUUUAAUGUGUUUCUAUAUCUCGUCAAUAGAAAUGAGUCCUUGUUGGAUUUCUGAAAAUGUAGUACAAGAGUCCGGAGAUGAUUACUAAAGACCUUGGGGAUUAGAUUAAGAGCCAUGAAAGUAACUAAUUAAGUUUGUAUAGUGUCUUUCUAUAUUCGUGUAAUAAGGAGUCCUCCAUUGCAUACUACAUCAAGGUCUUGUAGUGAUAUUAUACAUCUACUCAAUAAAUGUUAUUGUUAAAA